UUUGGUAUCGAUGCUCUCUGGGGCAUGGCUCUGUAGACACUACAGUAGAUUAUCCUAUUAGCGACCGCGGCACAUGCUCCGUUAUAUCUACGGAGAGCGGAACUUUUAAUGCUGAGCGUGGGGCUGAGGUCACUGCACAGUUUAGUGCUAGGGAGAAAAAAAAUCGUCUCUUAGCCUCCAUUUUGAGUAGUAUGGAAUAGCAUAGUUUGUAUCGACCACUACGCUGGCAGUGUCAACCUAAAAACGACACUAAGAGCCUCCGACAUGGACGACCUGUUCAGUCCGAGAAGGAGCCUGAACAGCACGCAGGGGGAGAUCAGAGUGGGAUCAAGUCAUCAGGCUAAGCUCCCUGAGCUGCAACCACGCCCUGUGUUUGGUGUUCAGACUCAGACAGAGAAUGAAGAGCUGGUGUGGAUGCCAGGGGUCAAUGAUUGUGACCUCCUCAUGUACCUCAGAGCUGCCAGGAGCAUGGCAGCGUUUGCAGGGAUGUGUGACGGAGGAUCCACAGAGGACGGGUGUUUGGCGGCCUCUCGUGACGACACCACACUCAACGCUUUAAACAUGUUACACGCCAGCCGUUACGAUGCAGCUAAAGCUCUCCAGCGCCUAGUGAAGAAACCUGUGCCCAAACUCAUUGAGAAAUGUUGGUCAGAGGAUGAUGUGAAGCGGUUCAUCAAAGGUUUGAGACAGUACGGCAAGAAUUUCUUCAGGAUUCGCAAAGAGCUGCUGCCCAACAAGAAAACGGGGGAGUUGAUCACAUUCUACUAUCACUGGAAGAAGACGCCUGAGGCUACAGGCACGCGGCCGUACCGUCAGCACCGUAGACAGCCGUCCUCACGCAAGGCCAAGACUCGCGCCACCGCUGCAACUGUGAACACCCCUUCUCAGUCCCAAUCCAUGGACAUAAGUUCAGCCAGUGAGGAUGACCUGGACAGUGAAGACAGCGAGCAAGGCACCUGUGGACACUGUGCCACAACCACCUCUAAGGACUGGCAGCACGGAGGCCGGGAUAACAUCCUCCUGUGUACCACCUGUCGUACCUACUACAACAAACAUGGCCGCCUGCCGCCUGGACCUAAGCCUGCUGACCCUCCCUUCAUGUUCAAACCUGUCAAAGAGGAAGAGGAGGGCAACGGGAAGCACGGCAUGAGGACGCGACGCAGCAGAACACCGUAUCUCUCCCUACAGUUGUCUUCAUUAAGAAGUGGCCACAAGAGGCUGACCGGCUCUCCUACCAGUGAAGACCAGCAGUCCAGUAGCCAUCCCUCUCCCGCCCCCAGUGGAGCUAGCUCCACCUCCAAUGCAUCCAGAACCUCCUGUUUAGAGAAGACUGAUAACACAAAGAAGCCUGGCAAGAAGAUAAAGGAAGAGGCGCCCCUACCAAAGAGUACUAAACGUUCCAGGGAGAGUGCAGCCCAGGACCCAGAGGAGCCUGAGAGAACACCAACUAAAAGGACGAAGACACUGCAGGUCAGACAGAGUGGUGAACAGGCAGAGUGCCGGUCGGAGGGCGAUGGAGAGGCUGAGGCAGAGAGGGGUGAGGUGGAGGAGGAGAGCUGCUCAGACAGCCGCAGUGCCCAGGACGACGGCAGCAGCGACACCAAAGACAUUGACCAGGACAACCGCUCCUCCUCCCCCAGCAUCCCCAGCCCUCGCCAGGGCAACGAGAGUGACUCCGACUCCUCUGCCCAGCAGCUCCAGGGUGCCCACCAGCAGCAGCAGAGACCGUCAGUGCUCCUGCUGCUACCCUUGCUGAAACACAGACCCCACAGAUUGUUCCUCCACCACGGGUUGCAUCCCUGCCUCCCCAGGGUACUUCUCCCUCUGCAGAGCCUGGCCAGGUACAGGCACAGGCAACCCCCCUCCCCAGAGCCUCCCCAGCCUUCAGCCACCUCUGCUCAGGCUGGUCAGUCAGUUAGCUACCAGACAAGUCCCCCACACAACCGACCCCUACUCCCCUCUCACCCUCUCGCUGGCCCCUCACCUGUCCCUCCUCCGCUGGGACAGGCUUUCCAUCCUCCAACUCCUGUAUUCCAGGGUCCUCUUCCUUCUCCUGGCUCUCUGCCUCCCACCCAGCCCCUGUCCCUCCAUGGUGCUCCGACCCAGUGCCCCCACCCACAGCGACCCCCUCCUCACUUUCCCAGGGAACCCUCCUUCCCCCAGGCCCUCCCCCUCACCUCCGGGCCCCAAAUCAAACCACCCCCAACCACACCCAUCCCUCCAUCUCACAAGCAGCCACCACACCUCUCUUCUUCCCUUGCUCCCCCUUUCCCGCAGAUGCCGUCCAACCUGCCCCCUCCUCCGGCACUGAAGCCCCUCAACUCCCUGCCCAACCAGCACCCUCCCGGUGCCCCUCCACCCCCCCUCCAGCUCAUGCCCCAAUCCCUGCCCAUGCAGCAGGGAGUCCCACCCCAGCCUCCUGUGCUCACGCAGCUGCAGAACCUCCCUGGCAGAGGCAGCCACUCCCACCCCCACUCCUCCCUGCCCUCCUGCUCUGCCCCCUCAGCCUUGCACCCUGUCCUCUCUGCCUCUUCUCCCUCUACCAUGGGUCCAGUCCCUAGUCUCCAGCUCUCCUUCCCCUCUCUACGCCCCUCGCCCGAAAACCCCAUUGGCAUUGGAGGGUCACAUGUCCAGAUUAAAGAGGAGCCAUUGGAUGAAUGUGAGGAGCUUGAGAGUCCGCCCCCUCCACCCAGAAGUCCCUCACCGGAACCUUUGGUUGUCAACGUCGCCAGUCAUGCCAGCCAAUCAGCACGAUUUUUCAAACACCUGGACCGUGGCUACAACUCGUGCUCCAGAACAGACCUGUUCUUCACUCCCCUGGCCUCAUCCAAGCUGGCCAAGAAGAGAGAGGAGGCUGUGGAGAGAUCCAAGAGAGAGGUUGAGCACAAUGCCAGAGAAAGGGAGAAGGACAGAGAAAGGGAGAAGGACAGAGAGAGGGAGAGGGAACGAGAGAGGCAGGAAGACAAAAAUGCUAGAGCGUCCAGCUCGUCCCACGACAGCCGUAUGAGUGAUGUCCAAUUGUCCGGCCAGGUCCACAUGCGCUCCUCCUUCGAGCAGCCCCCCACCAGUGUGGCCGCUGUGCCCCCUUACAUUGGCCCCGACACCCCUGCCCUGCGCACCCUCAGUGAGUACGCCCGACCCCACGUCAUGUCCCCCAACAAUCGCAACCACCCCUUCUUCGUGUCUCUGUCCCCCGGGGACCCUCUGCUGGCAUACCACAUGCCUGGCCUGUACGCCGCCGAGCCCAGCCUGAGAGAGAGGGAGCUCCGUAACCUCCGGGAGAGGGAGCUCCGCGAGAGGAUGAAGCCUGGCUUCGAGGUCAAGCCCCCAGAGAUGGAGACCAUGCAUCCAUCAGCCAACCCCAUGGAGCACUUUGCCAGACAUGGAGCCCUGGCCCUGCCGCAUAUCGCUGGGCCUCCCCACCACCCCUUUGGCCACUUCCACCCGGUCAUGCAGAACCACCUGGAGAGGGAGAGGCAGGCACUGGCCCUGGCCGGGCCCCAAAUGCGUCCAGAGCUAAGCUACGCUGAGCGACUGACUGCUGAGAGGCUCCAUGCUGAGAGGAUGGCAUCUGUGGCUAACGACCCGGCCGCCAGGCUUCAGAUGCUCAACGUCACACCGCAUCACCACCAGCACUCCCAUAUCCACUCACACCUGCACCUACAUCAGCAGGACCCACUCAACCAAGGUGAGGGUAAUGGGCCCCACCCUCUGGAUCCCCUGGCUCCUGGGCCCCGUCUGGCCCGCUUCCCCUUCCCUGGAGGCCCCAUCCCCAACCCUCUGCUCAAUGACCUGCCCCACGACCAUGACAUGUUGCGACACCCACUGUUUGCCUAUGCCGCUGUUGCAGGAGCAGGGUACCCCCGUGAGCUCCAGGGGCCCAUCCCCCAGAUGUCUGCAGCCCACCAGCUCCAGGCCAUGCACGCCCAGUCAGCAGAGUUGCAGAGGCUGGCCAUGGAGCAGCAGUGGCUACACGGACACCACCACCUACAACACGGGGGGCCUCUGCCCGGACAGGAGGAUUACUACAGCCGUCUGAAGAAAGAAGGUGACAAGCCAUCGUGAGACACCUGACGAUGUGAGUCACCAUGGAAAUGCAUAAAGAGAUAAUGCUGUGUAAUGCUGUGUACUUUUGAAAUACAUUAUGUGACAACUGAUCUUUUUUUAUUAGUUUAAAUGUAAUCGAGAGUUAAGAAUCUUUGUGGCUCAUAAUACUUGUUUCUUGCUCAGCACUUAAAGGGAUAGUUUACUCCCAAAUCAUCGAAAGUUUGAGAGUAUUUCAUAUCUCAAUAAUGGUCUGUUAUAAAGAUUAGCAUACUUUCUGUUCCAUGCCAUUUUUUGUCUAUAGACGUUACACAUUUUUCCACUUAAUAUGGAUUUCAUAGCUUUUAGAUUUCUCCUAAUGCAAUAUAGCGGGCAGGAUCUACACAAUAGAUGGUGUGGAAUAUAGCUCACCUUUGAAGUUAUGAAAACAUCUGACAAACUUUGAUUAGGGGGUGACUAUCCUUUUACUUUCUAAACAGUCUGACUGAUCUCCUUGUACAGAAUGACAUUUAAUAUUAUAUGUUUGGAUGAUUGACUGUAAUAACCUUGCAUGACUGUUUCCCUUCGAUUUUCAUCAGAACUUAGAGUAUCGUUGCUAAUGUGUGAUUAGACAACAACAAAAAGCAUAGUAGAUACAUUUUAUUCUAUAUCUGCAAAAUAUUUGUCUAAAUCCUAAAGUUUUAUAUAUUUCAAGAUGUUUUCACAAUUUAACCUGACACAUACAGUAACAUUUUUUAGAUUGUAAAUAAUACAUGUUCAAUAUUCUAUAUUAUUAACUAUGAUUAUUAUGAAUAUUAGUGAAUUCUUGACUUGCAAGCUGGCACAAUAAAGUUAAAUUAUUUAGCUAUACACACACAGAAUAUAUAGCGUUAUAAAGCAAAGUGAGUUAACACAGACAAUUAUAAAUUGGAGUAUCACUAUUGUCACCCCUGACAUAAAACGGUGUUUAGAACAGUGGAUCCAGAUAGUAAUAUUGUUUUGGUUAGACAAAACAGAAAAAGCAUUUCAACCUUGGCAUCUCUACCAUGGACAAACCCUGUUUGAAUAUUUAUGUGAAAUAAUAUGGAAAACAAAGUGUAUGCAUUGCAUAUUUAUUUGAAUAAAUAACUCUGCAAUAACAUGAUAGAAUGUAUUGUUCAAACUAUACCCUCUUUGUAUGUAUGUAUGGAUGUAUAUAUGUAUGUAUGGAUGGAUGGAACUUUUGGAGAAUUUGUGUGGUAACAGUAAUAGGCCAAUAGGGGGCAAUCCUCACCCUUCCUUAGUGAAAUGGUUGUUUCAGUAGGAUCACUUUCGAACGAGAAAGUGAAGGCUAUAAAGAAAUAAUGAGGGAUUCUAUCAGCCUAAUCGAGGUGUAGAUUACAUUCCAGUGUUCUCACAUUCCAGUGUUCGAACUUGUAAACAAGGCUGCAUGGGAUUUCUCUUAAUGUGACUUUGUGCAUUUUCCAAUGGCAAAGGUAUAAUUCCAGGAGCCACUUGUGGAUUUGACAGCUCUAACACAGUUCAAGCUCUGACACCGCCAAAACAAUCGCUCUGCGGGUGUUAGCUAAAGUGGAUCUGAUUGAAUAGAGUCCCUAGUCCCGAGCAUAUGGGACUGUAGACCCCACAUUCAGACCUGUGCAAUAAUAAAUGGAGUCAAAGAGAUGUAUGGUAAGUUGAAUUGCUUAACAAUGACAAAUAGCUUCUUGAAACGGUGAAAUUUGUAAGUCGCUCUGGAUAAGAGCGUCUGCUAAAUGACUUAAAUGUAAAUGUUGAAGUUAUUCAAUCAAUUUACACACAACACCAUACUGUAUAUAAUAGAGGUUCAUUAAACUUGUCUAAGGUGAAAAGUGUUAGUGUUGCUCUUGAUAUUGAUUUCACAUUUGUCAAAUAUGGCAGAUAUUAUUUGGCCUUUCUUUCCACUGCUGAUAAAACCAUUCAGAGCCUUGCAUAGACCAUGUUAACAUUAGCCUUUAAUAAUCAUGCAGAAUAAUGCUGAAAUACAUUGUUACUUUAAUGAGUGCACAAUAUGAUAUUAUGUUUUGUAAAUGACAGCCCUUGGUGGAAAUGUCAUUGAGAUAUUAUGGUAAUUUACUACAGCUGAAUGAUUUGUUUGGGCUGACCAUAAUUUAGAUAAUUAAUUAAUUAAUUACACAACAACAUGCAUAUAUCAAAUUGUAUCAAUUCUUUCAAUUGGACUCUUCCUCCAAUGUUUUUCUCUUCACUCAAAGUAACGCUUUGGAAAUACAGUCCAUCAUGCAAGUCAUGACAUGUACAAUAUACAUAACAUGACCAGAAAUAUGUGGACAACUGCUCGUUAAACAUCUCAUGACAAACUUAUGACCAUUAAUGACUUGGUCUCCCCUUUGCUGCUAUAACAGGCUCCACUCUUCUGGGAAGGCUUUCCACAAGAUGCUGGAACAUUACUGCAGAGCCUUGCUUCCAUUUAGCCAACAGCAGUAGUGAGGUCGGGCACUGAUGUUGGGCGAUCAGACCUGGCUC